ACUAGCAGGUUGGUGGAUCAUAACCCUGAUUAUAAUAUGUCAUAAUGAACGAUUCCUCUAUCUCGCAAAAUGGAGCGAAAAGAAUAAAUAAAAAUAAAAAAAGAUAGAAAACCGUACAGGCAAUUUUUGCACAUUGCAUACGGCUCCGCAAUGGAAUCUACUCUUCUCUUACAUCAAAGAAAGAGACAAAUAGAUCUAUCAGAUCCAAAUCGUUGGAUGAUCCAUUUACCACCCUUCUCCUCGUAGGAACAAAAAAAUACUAUGAUGGUUCCGUUGCUUUAGAUAAUAUAUUCAUCUCUCUUCUAUGAUUCAGCAAUCCCAAAGUUUCUUUCUGGUCUGAGUCUGAUUAAAUAAGAAAAAUGAUAAGGAAAAUGAUCCCUUUCUUUUCAUGCUUAGAAAUAUUCAGACUCAUGUUGUGUAAGGAAAAGGGGUUGUUUGUGACGCUGAAAUGGACCCCCGAUAAAUAACAUAGGAAUAAGAUCAAAUCGGGACUAACCUUUUGUUUCAUACUACUAUCUCGAUACAUAAUCAUGUUAUGAAGAAGCAAUAAUGAUUUGCUCAUAUCGAACUAAACGUGCCAUGCUAUUAUUACUUAUAUAUUCCAUAUGGCGAAGGCAUAGUCUUAUUUUUUCUUCAAGUCAAAUAAAAACUCAUUGGCGCCGAGCGUGAGGGAAUGCUAGACGUUUGGUAAAUUCUCCUCCGACCAGGAUGAAAGAUCCCAUCGAAGCGGCUAAUCCCAUGCAUAUUGUAUGUACGUCUGGUGGAACAAUUUGCAUAGCAUCAUAAAUAGCUAUUCCCGGUAUUACCCAUCCGCCGGGAGAAUUUAUAAACAAAUAGAGAUCCCUGGUAUUAUCUUCCAUACUGAGAUAUACCAUGAGACCAACAAGUUGAUUCGAGAUCUCGCUAUCAACGCCUUGGCCUAAAAAAAGUAAUCUUUCUCGAUGAAGUCGGUUGAUUAGGAAAAAUUGUAUCCCCGCAGAACCGUACACGCACCUUUCGAUACAUACGGUUCAAAAAAGUUCGAAAAAAAAAUAAUCAAUGUGUCGAUUCCAGACCUAUUCUUUUUGAGUUUAGGCGUUUUCCUGACGAAGGGGUUUAUUUUCAUUUGCAUUUUCCACAAAAAUUAGUUUUGGUUUGCCCUCCUAACCUACAAAAAAGAAUUCACUGAACAUCUUUUUAUUGAUGUAUUCUUUUGAUUGAUGUAUUGUUUCAUCGAGAUCCAAAUCGCGAUGCCAUUUUCUUGUUCCUGAAUGGGCCUCUUCACUUAUUUUAGGUUUAUGCUCUACUCCGGGUAAAGAUUCGCCCGAAUUCCAUUUGCACAUAUAGGACAAAUGACCCCAGUACCACUUAUUUUUUUCUUACGACUUUUUUAUGCCUUCCACCAACCAAGUAUUCGAUGUAUUCAUCACAUUUAUAUUUAUUAGUGGUUUGAGAUCACUCCUAUGGUCUUAUUUCUGAUAGAUGAUAGAAGUUGUAAUCAAUAUUACCCAUUUGGUAUUUUCUGAACGGAGCCUGGAUACUUCAUUUUAUUGUUCCAAGUCAACCAUAGAUUAUUCUAAUUGAUAAGAUAAUAUUUAUCUUUCAAACGAAUUGAUCCAUUUGCACAUUUCACGCUCCGAAUUAUUGAAUUGAUUUGAUGAUUCAAUCAAUCUUUCUUAGGCGAAAGAGAGUAUAUCUCGAUCAGGGGAGAGAACGGGGAAAUCCCAUAUGACCCAAUAUGUCCGACAAGUCGCACUAUAUGUCAACCCAAACUGCAUCUUCCUCUCCAGGACUCCGAAAAGGGACUUUUGGAACACCAAUGGGCAUUACAUUAAAGAAAACGGGGUUAAGUACUAUACUUCACUUUGAUGUGGAAACGUAACAAUGGGUUUAUUGUCCUCAUAAUAUUUUUGUUUAUCAUAUUUUAUACAUAGAUUGGAAGACUCAUGUAGGAAGACAGAAUGAAAAAAAGAAAAUUCUUAGGGACGGAGCGGAUCCUUCGAAUGAUGAACAAGUAUCUAAUGGAUUCACUUAAAAAAAUGGGACCAAUCCCCCCAUUGCGUAUUGGUACUUAUCGGGUAUAAAAUAAAUCUGCUUCUCUUUGUUCCUGCGAACAGAACGGAAUUGUUCCAUUAUUACUAUCACCUGCGGCACGUAAUAAAUGUGAACCCUUGCACCGAGAUAAUCACUGAAUGAGGUCCAUAGCAUAGUCUUUUCCAAUGUGACAAAGUUACAUAGUGUCUAUUUUUCUUUGAUGAAGGGGUAUUUCCAUGGGUUUGCCUUGGUAUCGUGUUCAUACUGUCGUAUUGAAUGAUCCUGGUCGCUUGCUUUCUGUCCAUAUAAUGCAUACAGCUCUAGUUUCUGGUUGGGCCGGUUCUAUGGCUCUAUACGAAUUAGCUGUUUUUGAUCCCUCUGAUCCCGUUCUUGAUCCAAUGUGGCGACAAGGUAUGUUCGUUAUACCCUUCAUGACUCGUUUAGGAAUAACCAAUUCAUGGGGCGGUUGGAGUAUUACAGGAGGAACUGUAACCAAUCCGGGUAUUUGGAGUUACGAAGGUGUUGCCGGGGCACACAUUGUGUUUUCUGGCUUGUGCUUCUUGGCAGCUAUCUGGCAUUGGGUGUAUUGGGAUCUAGAAAUAUUCUGUGAUGAACGUACGGGAAAACCCUCUUUGGAUUUGCCCAAGAUCUUUGGAAUUCAUUUAUUUUUAUCUGGGGUGGCUUGCUUUGGGUUUGGUGCAUUUCAUGUAACAGGUUUGUAUGGCCCUGGAAUAUGGGUGUCUGAUCCUUAUGGGCUAACCGGAAAAGUGCAACCUGUAAGUCCUUCAUGGGGCGCGGAGGGUUUUGAUCCUUUUGUUCCGGGGGGGAUAGCUUCUCAUCAUAUUGCAGCGGGCACCUUGGGAAUAUUAGCGGGUCUAUUCCAUCUUAGUGUUCGCCCGCCCCAACGUCUAUACAAAGCAUUACGUAUGGGCAAUAUUGAAACUGUGCUUUCCAGUAGUAUCGCUGCUGUGUUUUUUGCAGCUUUCGUUGUUGCUGGAACUAUGUGGUAUGGUUCAGCGACUACUCCGAUCGAAUUAUUUGGUCCUACUCGUUAUCAGUGGGAUCAGGGAUAUUUCCAGCAAGAAAUAUAUCGAAGAGUUAACGCCGGGCUAGCUGAAAAUCUGAGUUUAUCGGAAUCUUGGUCUAAAAUUCCCGAUAAACUAGCUUUUUAUGAUUAUAUCGGUAAUAAUCCGGCGAAAGGAGGAUUGUUCAGAGCCGGCUCAAUGGACAACGGGGAUGGAAUAGCUGUUGGGUGGUUAGGACACCCUGUCUUUAGAGAUAAAGAGGGGCAUGAACUUUUUGUACGUCGUAUGCCUACCUUCUUUGAAACAUUUCCGGUAGUUUUGGUAGAUGGAGACGGAAUUGUGAGAGCCGAUGUUCCUUUUAGAAGGGCAGAAUCCAAGUAUAGUGUCGAACAAGUGGGUGUAACUGUUGAGUUCUAUGGUGGUGAACUCGAUGGAGUCAGUUAUAAUGAUCCUGCUACUGUGAAAAAAUAUGCUAGACGUGCCCAAUUGGGUGAAAUUUUUGAAUUGGAUCGCGCUACUUUGAAAUCCGAUGGUGUUUUUCGUAGUAGUCCAAGGGGUUGGUUCACUUUUGGACAUGCUUCGUUUGCUUUGCUUUUCUUUUUCGGCCACAUUUGGCAUGGUGCUAGAACCUUGUUCAGAGAUGUUUUUGCUGGUAUCGACCCAGAUUUAGAUGCUCAAGUGGAAUUUGGAACCUUCCAAAAACUGGGGGAUCCAACUACAAGGAGACAAGUAGUCUGAUACAACAUUUCUUUCAUAUGUCUAGCCUAUGUUUCAUAUAGGGUACUGGAGAAAUAUUAAUUCGAAUCAUCACCUAUUACUCUUGACCUUUACUUGUCUGGGAAAUGAUCCCAAAUGAACAGGUAUGGAAGCUAUAAUUGUAAAACACGAUCGAAUCUAUGGAAGCAUUGGUUUAUACAUUCCUGUUGGUCUCGACUCUGGGGAUAAUAUUUUUUGCUAUCUUUUUUCGAGAACCGCCUAAGGUUCCAAAUAAAAAGAUGAAAUGAUUUUUCAUUAUCUCAAUUGAAAUGAUGACCCUCCGAUGAGGAGGGUCAUCAUUUCAACUAGUCCCCGUGUUCCUCAAAUGGAUCUCUUAGUUGUUGAGAGGGUUGCCCAAAGGCGGUAUAUAAGGCAUACCCCGUAAAGCUUACAAGUAAACCAGAUAUGAAGAUGGCGACUAGAGUUGCAGUUUCCAUUAUUAAGUGAUUUCAAGACCACGAUGGAUCUACGAUAAGAUAGUUUAUUUACAACGGAAUCGUAUACAAAGUCAACAGAUCUCAAACAAUGCACGGAAUAGGAUUUAUGGCUACACAAACCAUUGAGGGUAGUUCCAGAUCUGGGCCAAGACGGACUAUUGUAGGCGAUUUAUUAAAACCAUUGAAUUCGGAAUAUGGUAAAGUAGCCCCUGGAUGGGGAACUACACCCCUUAU